GGAGACCUCCGCGCCACAGCCCCAGCUCGGGGCGCGCUCCGGCCGCUACUCGUCUCGAGCCUUAUGCCGCGGCCGCUGGCGCCCCGCGCGGGGACGCCCCCGCCCUGAGCGGCGGUGGCGGGCGGGGAUCUCCGGCGGGCAGCACCUGCGCAGCGCCCGCGGGGAUGAUCUGCGAGCACCGCCCGCCGCCCCGCCGAGCGACUGAGGAGAGCGGCAGCCUGCCCGACCAGCCGCUCGCCCACACCGCCACCGCCGCGCACCGCUCGCCGCCCACACACCGCCAAACUUCGACGCCGACAAGUGCCUAGAGCGAGGGGCGGCCCUAGCCCGCGCCCCGCCGAGCUCCCACGCCCCGCCGGCAACUUUCCCCGGAGGAAGCGCCCCCAAGCCGCCCCGCGGGUCCUCAUGCUGCCGCCGAGGGAGACCCAACGCGUCCCGGCGCCGCAGCAGCUCCGCGCCGCCCCGCGGUGAGGCGAGGGCGAGCCCACACGGGUGCUGCUGCCAGAAGAAAAGAAUGAUUGAUGGGAAGCAGACACCAGCCUGUAGACACUCAUCCUUUUGCUUCGGAUACUGACUUAUCAGAGCAUCUGGGCAUCCCCUGCAAGCCCUGAACACAGAGGAUCACUCAGGGUUAUCGACAGUGUAGCUGAAGACCUGCAACUUCACAAAUUAUUAUCUGCUAUUGGACAUCUUUUACAAGAAGCCCUGACAGAUAAGUUAUAAGACAAAGGACAAGUGCUGUGUUGCUCUGAGCGACUGUCAUCAGGGUCUGGAUGAUUCUACCAAAGUCUUCAACAAAAGAAACAAACUAGUGAAAUGAACAUCCUAUCCCUAAUGCUUCACAUUUGAGUUGGAAGCUGUUUUAUAAAAUACAUACGUGUAUAUGGGCAAUCUGUAGACUGCAGGUACGCCAGUACUGAGCAUCCUUACAGAGGUGACGUAAAAAGGAUUUAGAAAUGUAUUUGUCAAGUUUCCUGUCACUUCACACCCUCUGGGUUACCGUGUCCUCUGUGAUGCAGCACUACCCUUCUGUAUGGGGACAUUAUGAUGUGUGUAAGACUCAGAUUUAUACAGAAGAAGGAAAAGUAUGGGAUUACAUGGCCUGCCAGCCAGAAGCCAGAGACAUGAUCAAAUAUGUGAAAGUGACUCUGGAUCCUCCAGACAUCACAUGUGGAGAUCCUCCUGAGACUUUCUGUGCAAUGGGGAAUCCCUACAUGUGCAAUAACGAAUGUGAUGCGAGUACCCAAGAACUGGCCCAUCCUCCAGAACUGAUGUUUGAUCUUGAAGGAAGACAUCCCUCCACAUUUUGGCAGUCCACGACUUGGAAGGAUUACCCAAAGCCUCUUCACGUUAAUAUUACACUCUCCUGGAACAAAACCAUUGAGCUAACAGAUAAUAUUGUCAUCACUUUUGAAUCUGGCCGUCCAGAUCAAAUGAUCCUGGAGAAAUCACUCGACUAUGGGAGAACAUGGCAGCCCUACCAGUACUAUGCCACAGACUGCUUAGAUGCUUUCCAUAUGGAUCCAAAAUCAGUGAGGGAUUUGUCACAGCACACAGUCCUGGAAAUCAUUUGCACAGAAGAAUACUCUACUGGGUACAUGACAAACAGUAAAAUUAUCCACUUUGAAAUCAAAGAUAGAUUUGCCUUUUUUGCUGGACCUCGGCUUCAUAAUAUGGCUUCUCUUUAUGGCCAGCUUGACACAACCAAGAAAUUGAGAGAUUUCUUUACUGUCACAGAUCUGAGGAUAAGACUGCUUAGGCCAGCAACUGGAGAAAUCUAUGUAGAUGAGCAACACCUAGCACGCUACUUUUAUGCCAUUUCAGACAUAAGAGUAUAUGGAAGGUGUAAGUGCAACCUUCAUGCUACUGGCUGUAAAGAAGAAAACAAAAGACUACUUUGUGAAUGUGAGCAUAACACAACUGGCCCAGACUGUGGAAAAUGCAAGAAGAAUUACCAGGGCAGACCAUGGAGCCCUGGUUCUUAUCUGCCUAUACCUAAGGGCACUGCUAAUAUCUGUAUACCCAGUAUUUCCAGUAUUGGUAAUCCUCCAAAGUUUGAUAGGAUAUGGCCGAAUAUUUCUUCCCUUGAGGUUUCUAAACCAAACCAAGUUGCUCCCAAAUUAGCUAUGUCAACUGUUUCUUCUGUUCAAGUUGCAAACCACAAGAGAGACUGUGAAUGCUUCGGGCACUCCAACCGGUGCAGUUACAUCGAGCUGCUCAAUACGGUCAUUUGCGUGAGCUGUAAGCACAACACUAGAGGUCAGCACUGUGAGUUAUGCAGGCUGGGCUACUUCAGAAAUGCUUCUGCAGAGCUGGACGAUGAAAAUGUGUGCAUAGACUGUUAUUGUAACCCUUUUGGUUCAGUCCAUGAUCGCUGUAAUGACAGAGGAUUUUGUGAGUGUAAGGAGGGAACAUCAGGGCCUAAAUGUGAUAAAUGUCUGCCGGGAUAUAUCUGGCACAGCUUGGGCUGUCAACCAAACGUGUGUGACAAUGAACUCCUGCACUGCCAGAAUGGAGGAACGUGCAUCAACAACGUGCGAUGCCAGUGCCCUCCAGCCUACACUGGCAUUUUGUGUGAGAAGUUGAAGUGUGAAAGGGAUCCAGGAGGCUGCAGUCAAAACUCCGGCCAGGGGGCAAUAUCACAGAGGCCUCUGCUAAUACUGACUGCUCUACUAGGAGCAAUUGGACUCUGCAUAUGCUAGACUCCGUAUGGUUGAUGGCAUCACAUCCAGACUGCUUCAAAUGAAUGCGCCACAUGAAAAUAAAACAAAACAAAAUCCAAGCAUUGGCUACUGAAAU